AUGUGUAGCAGAUGUGGCGUAUUGGGUCAUAAAAAAAGCACUUGUAAGAAGCCUCCUGAUUAUGUGAGGCCUACAAUACCAGAACCUACUGAUACUGAAACUAAUGAUGGAGCUGCUGGCCACACAGUACCAAAUAAUGAAGAACCAAAUAGUGAAAACGUCGCCAACAACGGAGCUGACCAGCAAGCACCACAAAUUGGCAGAAAACCAAAACAUUGCAGUAAAUGUGGGAAGGAUACUCAUAAUGCCAGAACUUGUCCAGAGUUAUCAGAGGAGGAUACUGAAGAGGAUGUUGAUACAACCGACAUCCCUGAUCCACCAACUGUAAUAUUAGAAGUUCAUUGUGCAUGUCUAGAAUACUUUUGGGAAACAAUUAUUUUCGUUGGAACUAAACUUUAUAUAUUCAAUGUUGCAGAAGAAGCCAUGUACUACAAGGGAAGGCCUGAGGAGCAGCAAGAAGGCUAG